AUGUUGAGGCAAUCGUGUGGCCGGAGGGGAUCUGGGCUGGCGCUGGCUCCGUAUCGGGGCCUCCCGGCCGAGGCCGGGCGCAUUUUCUCGGGCAUCCAGCCCAAGGGCCACCUGCACCUGGGCAACUACCUCGGCGCCGUCGUCAACUGGCUGCAGCUCCAGGAGCAGCGCAAGGGGGACAGGGACGGGGUGGUCUUCUGCGUGGUGAACAUGCACUCCUACACGACGGACGUGACGCCGGAGGACCUGCGCGACAGCACGCGCGAGAUGGCCAUCGCGCUCCUCGCCUGCGGGAUCGACCCCGAGAAGUGCAUCCUCUACGCCCAGAGCGAGGAGAAGAAGGCGUCGCAGGGGGCCAUGUUCGGCCUGUUCGCCUACCCCGUACUCAUGGCCGCCGACAUCUUGCUCUAUCGAGCAAGCCAAAUUCCCGUGGGCGAUGAUCAGUUGCAGCACCUGGAGCUGGCCAGGGAGAUUGCCGGUAUCGUGGAGUCCGUUCAGGCGUUCAACCGGCGCUACAACCGAACGCUGUUCCCGCUGCCCCAGCCGAUAUUGGGCCAGGCGACGCGUGUCAUGAGCCUGCGCGACGGUACCGCCAAGAUGAGCAAAUCCGAUCCCAACGACCGAAGCCGCAUCAACCUCACCGACAGCAAGGACGAGAUCUUGUUCAAGCUGCAGAAGGCCAAGACUGACCCACUUCCCGGCAUCGUUUACGAUCCCGAGAACAGGCCGGAGCUGGCCAAUUUGCUGAGCAUCUUCUCGGCGCUGACCAACCGCUCGGUCGAGUCGCUGUGCCACGAGUACGCCGACGCCAAGAUGCCCGACUUCAAGAACGCUCUGGCGCCGCACCUCGUGGACACGGUGGGGCCGAUCGGCGAGCGGAUUCGGGAGCUGCGGGACAAGCCGCAGUGGGUGGAGGACGUGUUGCAGCAGGGGGCCAGCAGGGCGCGCACCAUCGCCCGACGCAACCUGCAAGAGGUCAAGCAGGUCAUCGGCAUGCUUUGA